AUGAUUGGCGGCUGCACUAUGGUGGAUACUGUACUCAGGUCAUCGUUUAUACCUUGGCUCGAUGAUCACUUGAACCUCUUAUGGAUACAAACCUUGCGCAGUGCGUAUCCAACUAUAUCUCGCUUUCCAAGGAUACUUAACUCAACAAUUCCGAGUCGAUAUUCCAGAACAGCAGCAGCUGAGUCGAUUUUGAAUCACCUAAUGAUUGAAGAUUGGAAUGUGACUUAUUUGUACAAGAAUUAUUAUUCUCAGUGUCAACCAUCAUUCUGUUCAUUUACUUAUUCGAAGGAAACUGAUGGUACGCAUGUGAUCACUGUCAUUGCCAGUUUAAUUGGAGGACUUAACGUUAUUCUGCGAUUGAUCGCUCCGUUCAUCAUUAAAAUGAACUUGAAACUGAUCGAAAUAUUCAAACAUCGAGAAUCUCGCACAAAAGUACAACAACCAAAUCAUCGUGAGUUGUUUUUGAUUGACAAGAACGUAUAUUUGUGUGAACAUUUAGAAAGAUGCGGAAUAUUUGUGAAAAUAAUCGAUAGAAUUCUGGUGUUAAACGUCUUUGACAGUGAAUCAACUGAUACGAGAACAAUUCAUCGUGAACGAUUAACUACACGAUUAUAUUUGACGAUUUUAUUUCUAUCCUUAUAUUCUAUAACAAUUUAUUCAAUGUUUUCCACUGGAACCAUGAAUAUCGUCGUGUCAAAUCCCAUUGAAAGUGAUUAUAACAAGUUAAACAAAUUGUAUUCAACUUCACUUCGAUGUCCUUGCAACAAUAUUUCAGUUGAAUAUAAGAAUUUUCUCAGUGUUGAUGCCAUCUUUCAUGAAAUUUGCUCGAGUGAUUUUGUCCAGACAGAAUGGCGUGAUUAUUUAUUUGUUCAAGAUUAUUGGAGUAGUUAUUAUCGAGCAGAUUUACGUUCAUGUGGAGCUAUCUACUUCGAAUUUCUUUCCACUUUAUGCCAAUUAUCGAAGAACACAGUUCAACGUGCGAUUAAUCAAUUUCUUAAUGAAACAUUUAUCAAUACUCAAAUGAUUCCCCGAUCAGAGUUUCAACUUCGAAUCAGCCGUUUUCUUUCGCAAUCUCAGCAAAAAACAACAACACAAUUUUCGCGCAGUGUGAAUUUACUACAGGAUGUGAUGCAUGGUAAUGCUUUAAUCUCCUCCUAUCUACUGAACUAUAAGUGGUCGGUGGGUUUGAACAGAACUUACACGACAAUUCCAGUUAAUCCAAUAAGAAUGAAAAAUGGAUGUUCAUGUGGAACUCGAACUGAUUGCAUUGAAUCAGGAGGAAUAUAUUAUGACGGGACGGAUACACAAAUAUUUGCAAUACCUGGAUGGAAUGUUGGCUGUUCAGUAGUUGAAACUGUACUAAGAUCGACAAUGGAAUGCUUUUAUGACUCAGCAUGUAUCAACGCACUGCUAUACUAUGCAACAACCAUUCAAAAUCGACUUCCUUAUCGAAUGAAUAUAUCAGCGAUCAACUCUUCAAAAGAAAGUCGUUUUAGAAGAGAUGCGGUUAUUCAAGAUUUAGCAGAUGAAUUAUUUGUUGAAACGUGGCAGAUUUACAAAUCUUAUUCAUUGUUUUACAAAGCCUGUGCUCCGAUCUCUUGUUCAUAUACAAUUCGUAAAGAUGAUUAUUAUAUGUAUAGUGCAUCGAAAGUACUUGGUUUGUAUGGUGGAUUGACCAUCUUCUUGCGAUUAAUUGUUUCCUUGGUGAUGAAAAUUUUCUUCAAAAUUCGACCUUGUUGCCAAUCAAAUGAAGUUGCUCUGUUUAAUCAAUGCACAUUUAAAAGAUUCGUUUUAUGA